AUGACACUUUGUAUCAUCGGUGAUUCAAGGCAUCUUGAUCAGCCAUCCAAUCAACAUCAUCCACUCCAACCUGAACCACCAACAGCUUAUCAAAGACCACUAAUGUCCUUACACCAAAAUCAAACUGCUCUAUUCGUUUGUGAUGUACAGGGAAUAUUCGCUAAAGUGAUUAAGGAUUUUGAUCAUGUUGUUAAUGUUUCAAAUAAAAUGGUCCAAUUCUCAAAGCUUCUAAAUGUACCAGUCUUGAUCUCUGAACAGAAUCCACAAUCUUUGGGGAAGACAGUUAGUGAAAUUGAUUUCAGCAACAGUCAUCUCCUCACUACAGAUCCUAUCAGUAAGACGAGAUUCUCGAUGGUAAAUGAUGACGUCUUGUAUGCCCUCAAGACUAAUAAAAUCCGUUCAGUCGUUUUGGUCGGUGUAGAAACUCAUAUCUGCAUUCUCCAAACUUCACUCGAGCUUAUAGCUAAGGGCUUUGACGUGCACGUGAUCAUUGAUGGCGUGUCCAGCUCUCACGCUACUCAUAAAGACACCGCACUUGAUCAAAUCAGACAGUCGGGCGGCAGAAUAUCAACUUCAGAAACUGUCCUCUUCCAGCUACUCGCUGACGCCUCGGAUGAACGCUUCAAACAGUUUCUGAAAUUGAACAAAGAGUUCUCAGAUAGGAGCACAAGCGCACUAGAGAAGCAAACCAAGUAA